CUAGCACCUGCGCUGACACACAGGCACGAUGCAGGAGUCAGAGCCCACGGUGUGCCAGCUGCAGCCCAACAUCAUCUCAGUGCGUCUUUUCAAGAGGAAGGUUGGUGGUCUGGGCUUCCUGGUGAAGCAGAGGGUGUCCAAGCCCCCUGUCAUUGUGUCAGACCUGAUUCGUGGCGGAGCAGCAGAAGAGUGCGGCCUGGUGCAGGUGGGCGACAUCGUGCUGGCUGUCAACAACAAGCCCCUGGUGGACCUGUCUUAUGAACGGGCUCUGGAGACGCUGAAGAACGUGUCGCCGGAGAGUCACGCCGUGCUCAUCCUGCGUGGGCCCGAGGGAUACACCACCCACCUGGAAACCACCAUCACCCGAGACGGGCGUCAGCGCACGGUGAGGGUCACACGGCCCACCUUCCCUCUCUCGAAAUCCUAUGAUCAGUGGUCCCCUCUGAGCGCACAAAGCCCAGGGCAGCAGCAGGUCAACAAGGAGGCCCAGCUCAGGGCCAUUGAGAACCUCUCCUCUCCCUCCAUCACCCAGACCCUCCUGCAGAGAGGAGGCGUGCAGGGUCAGGACGGGGACCGCAGUGCCCUCCUGUUCAACGGGCUGGAAGAGAACAACGACCUGCUCAAGGAGAUCGAACCAGUGCUGCGUCUGAUCAAGAACAGCAAGAAGGAGAUCAAUGGAGAAGGCCAGCACAACGGUGCAAGGAGAGAUGAGGAGAUUCAAGUAGGAAGGGAUAAUGAGAAAGUGCGGGACAACAAAAUGGUGGCCGACCACAACGCUGACACAGAUGAGGCCCAGGACAUGACCUCACCCAUAAAGUCUGUGCAGAAUGGCAGCCCCUCUAAAUGCCCCCGCUUCAUGAAGGUUAGGAACUGGGAGACUGGCACCAUCUACAAUGAUGUUCUCCACCAUGGCUCUGGCAAGUUGCCAAUUUGCAGUGAAAAUGUGUGCAUUGGCUCCGUGAUGGUCCCCACUGUUCGCAAACCAGACGAGGUUCGAGGCAAAGAGGAGCUUCUGUCACUGGCCACAGACUUCAUAGACCAGUACUACACCUCCAUCAAAAGGAAUGGAUCCAAGGCUCACGUGGACAGGCUCGAGGAGGUAACUAAGGAGAUUGAAGCUUCAGGAUCUUAUCAACUAAGGGAUACUGAACUGAUUUAUGGAGCCAAGCACGCCUGGAGGAACGCUGCCAGAUGUGUGGGAAGGAUCCAGUGGUCCAAACUACAGGUUUUCGAUGCCAGAGACUGCACAACCGCACAUGGAAUGUACAACUACAUCUGCAACCACAUCAAGUAUGCCACCAACAAAGGCAAUCUUAGGUCAGCUAUUACUAUUUUUCCUCAAAGAACAGACGGAAAGCAUGAUUUCCGCGUGUGGAACAGUCAGCUGAUUCGUUACGCAGGUUACAAACAGCCUGAUGCAAGUAUUCUUGGAGACCCUGCUAAUGUGGAGUUCACAGAGAUCUGCAUGCAGCUGGGAUGGAAAGCUCCGAAGGGUCGAUUUGAUGUCCUUCCACUUCUCCUGCAAGCCAACGGGAAUGACCCUGAGCUUUUUGAGAUCCCUGAAGACCUUGUCCUGGAGGUGCCAAUCACACAUCCAAAAUUUGAGUGGUUCAAAGACCUGGAGCUUAAGUGGUACGGUCUCCCGGCAGUUUCGAGCAUGCUGCUGGAGAUUGGAGGUCUGGAGUUCCCUGGAUGCCCCUUCAGUGGCUGGUACAUGGGCACAGAGAUUGGCGUGAGGGACUUCUGUGACACCUCACGCUACAACAUUCUGGAGGAUGUUGCUGAAAAAAUGGGCUUGGACACCAGGAAGACGUCUUCGCUUUGGAAAGACCAAGCACUCGUGGAGAUUAACAUUGCUGUUCUGUACAGCUUCCAGACCUGCAAGGUGACCAUAGUUGACCAUCACUCAGCCACAGAGUCCUUCAUGAAGCACAUGGAAAAUGAGUAUCGAGUGAGAGGAGGCUGUCCUGGAGACUGGGUGUGGAUUGUGCCUCCAAUGUCAGGAAGUGUCACGCCGGUUUUUCACCAAGAAAUGCUCAACUACCACCUCACUCCGUCCUUUGAGUACCAGCCUGAUCCUUGGAACACCCAUGUGUGGAAAGGAGUCAACGGGACACCAACAAAGAGAAGAGCCAUCGGCUUUAAGAAGCUUGCCAAGGCCGUAAAGUUUUCUGCAAAGCUCAUGGGCCAAGCCAUGGCCAAGAGGGUUAAAGCCACCAUCCUGUUUGCUACAGAAACGGGCAAAUCACAAGAUUAUGCCAAAACUCUCUGUGAAAUCUUCAAGCACGCUUUUGACGCUAAGGUCAUGUCUAUGGAUGAAUAUGAUGUGGUACACUUAGAGCAUGAGACACUUGUUUUAGUGGUGACCAGCACAUUUGGCAACGGUGACCCACCUGAAAAUGGAGAGAAAUUUGGAGCUGCCAUAAUGGAAAUGCGCCACCCCACCUCCAACACAGAAGACAGAAAGAGCUACAAGGUCCGUUUCAACAGCGUUUCCUCUCACUCCGACACUCGGAAGUCGUCCAGCGACGAGCCAGAGGCCAGGAUCAACUUUGAGAGCACUGGACCUCUGGCUAAUGUUAGGUUCUCAGUGUUUGGCCUUGGCUCCAGGGCCUACCCACACUUCUGCGCCUUUGCCCACGCUGUGGACACAUUAUUUGAAGAGCUGGGGGGUGAGCGCAUCCUACGCAUGGGAGAGGGAGAUGAGCUGUGUGGCCAGGAGGAAUCAUUCAGAACAUGGGCCAAGAAAGUUUUUAAGGCUGCCUGCGAUGUGUUCUGUGUCGGCGACGAUGUGAGCAUUGAGAAGGCCAACAACUCCUUGAUCAGUAACGACCGCAGCUGGAAGCAAAGCAAGUUCCGCCUGACGUACACAGCUGAGGCCCCGGCCCUCACAGAAGCGUUAUGCAGCAUCCACAAGAAGAAAGUUUAUGGAGCAAAGAUGAUAGAAGCCCAAAACUUACAAAGCCCCAAAUCCAACCGCUCCACCAUAUUAGUGCGGCUUCACUCAAACAACCACGACAGCCUGAGCUACAAGCCUGGCGACCAUCUGGGCAUCUUCCCUGGCAACCACGAGGACCUGGUAACGGCGCUCAUAGACAAACUGGAGGAUGCUUCACCCGUCAAUCAAAUCAUCAAAGUGGAAUUCCUGGAAGAGAGGAGCACUGCCCUGGGAGUUAUCAGUAACUGGACAAAUGAGACUCGGAUCCCUCCUUGCACCAUUUAUCAAGCGUUCCAGUACUUCCUGGACAUCACCACACCACCGACCCCGGUGCUGCUGCAGCAGUUUGCCGCUCUGGCAACCGACGAGCAACAGAAAAAGAAAUUAGAGCUCCUCAGCAAGGGCUUGCAGGAGUAUGAGGAGUGGAAGUGGUACAAUAACUCCACACUGGUGGAGGUGCUGGAGGAGUUCCCCUCCAUCCAGAUGCCUUCAACUCUGCUGCUCACCCAGCUGCCCCUGCUGCAGCCUCGCUACUACUCCAUCAGCUCCUCCCCUGAUCUGUACCCAGGAGAGAUCCAUCUCACAGUGGCCGUGGUCAAUUAUUGGGCCAGAGGUGGAGAGGGACCCAUUCACCAUGGAGUGUGUUCAUCGUGGCUCAACAGGAUAGAGAAGGGGGAGAUGGUGCCAUGCUUUGUUCGAAGUGCACCAUCUUUCCAACUUCCAAAAGACAACAAAGCACCGUGUAUCUUGGUGGGCCCGGGAACCGGCAUUGCUCCAUUCAGAAGCUUCUGGCAACAGAGACUGUUCGACUUUGAACAAAAUGGGAUCAAGUCGUGCCCCAUGAUCCUGGUGUUCGGUUGUCGACAGUCAGAGAUGGACCACAUAUACAAGGAAGAGACUAUCCAGGCCAGGAACAAAGAUGUGUUUUCAGAGGUCUAUGCGGCUUUUUCUCGAGAACCUGGCAAACCAAAGAAAUACGUUCAAGAUAUUAUGCGUGAACAUCUGGCAGAGAAGGUGUACCAGUGCCUGAGGAAGGAUGGCGGACACAUCUAUGUGUGUGGGGACGUUACGAUGGCUGGAGAUGUCCUCAAGACUGUUCAGCAAAUCAUCAAGCAGCAGGGCAACAUGACUCUAGAAGACGCUGGCUUCUACGUCAGCAAACUUCGAGAUGAGAACCGCUACCAUGAGGACAUCUUUGGCGUCACUUUGCGCACCUAUGAGGUCACCAAUCGGAUUCGCUCAGAGUCCAUCGCCUACAUUGAGGAGAACAAAAAAGACUCUGAUGAGGUUUUCUGCUCGUAGGUUGAUGAAUCGAGAGCUUUCUGAAAACAACCAAUCUGAAGGACAC